AUGUUCCGCGAACGGAGCGUGGUCAGGGACUGCGGGGCCGGCAACUGCCCAGUGGACUGCGCGCUCUCGGACUGGGGCGCCUGGGAGCUGUGCUCCGUGUCCUGCGGCACCGGGGCCACCAGCCGCAAGCGCCUGGUGGUGAAGCACGCGGCUUACGGCGGCGCAGAGUGCGGAGACGCGGCGGAGUCUCACCCCUGCACUCCCGGGGAUGCUUGCCCCGUGGACUGCGUGUGGAGCGACUGGUCGGAGUGGCAGGGCUGCGCCACAAGCUGCGGGGACUCCACCAAGAAGCGCCUCCGAUUCGAGCAGAUCAAGGCCAACGAGCAGGGCGCCCCCUGCAGCGGGGAAUCCGAGCAGGAGAUGUCCUGCAGCCAGCCCGCCUGCCCGGUGGACUGCGCCCUGGGGGAGUGGCUGGAAUGGAAUGUGUGCAGCGUCUCCUGCGGCCCAGGCAUCACCGAGAGGACCCGGGCCAUCACCCUGCCGCCCCAAAAUGGCGGCAAGGAGUGUGACGCCCAGGACCUGCUUUACGAGAAGAAGUAUUGCAGCUUCCCCACCUGCCCCGUGGACUGCGAGUGGCUGGACUGGACUGAUUGGAGCGUCUGCACGGUGAGCUGUGCCAGCGGCACCAGCGGCCGGUCCCGGGUGGUGAAGACUGCUUCUGCCUAUGGCGGCAAGGACUGCACCGGGGACACCUCGCAGCAGCGCCAGUGUGACAAUGCUGACUGUCCGGUGGAUUGCGUGUACAGUGACUGGUCAGCGUGGAUGAAGUGCAGCGUCACCUGCGGCACAGGCAACCAGGAGAGAGAGCGGGUCAUCAGGAAGGAGCCCAAGAACGGCGGGAAGACCUGCCUAGGAGACCUGGUGGACAACCAGGCGUGCACUGAGAAGCCCUGCCCCAUCGACUGCGCCUUGCAGGACUGGGAGGAGUGGUCGGCAUGUACCAGCUCCUGCGGAUCAGGCCAGCACAAGCGGAGCCGCGUCAAGGUGGAUGCCCAGUAUGGCGGCGAGGAGUGCAAGGGAAACCUCACGGAGGUGGUGGAGUGCCCAUCGCUCCCCGAGUGCCCCGAAGAUUGUGUCUGGGAGGACUGGGCCUUGUGGAGCGACUGUUCAGUCAGCUGCGGCUCUGGGGUGGUCAGCAGGAUGCGCAAGCGCGCGCACUACGAGUCUCACGGCGGCCAUGUGUGCUGGGGCACUGAGGACGGCGAGGGAGAGCAGUUGAGCUUUGACUGCUGCCACCUCCCCGGGCCAGACCACCUCGGCGCCACUGGAAAGGGGAGGUCUUCCGCAGUGGCAGGGCAUGUGCGGCCCAGGUCGCCUGCCAUGCCACCGCGCUUCAGCGCGCAGGCCACUGCCAACAUGGUGCCAGAGUUGGAGGUUCUGCUGGAUCUGCCAGCUCCAGUCCUGAACGCACUGGGUGCUGAGGGAGUGGAGACUGCCAGUGAUCUGGUGGGGCUGUACCCUCACGUCGAUGCUUUCCUUGACCACAUCAGCUCCACCAUGCGCGCGCGGGUGGAUGCCGACGCAGCUUUGGAGAUGGCUGGUGUCUGGACGCGCAUCGCCCGCAUGGCUGUCCGUGUUCCCUUCACAGCCUUUGACCCCUGCAGAGCCGCAGCAAAACCUGCCCGCAUGAAGCACUUGGUGGCGGGUGGCUCUGGGCAGUCCCUGCCCACCACAAUUGUUGAGGGCCAAGACGCGAAGAUGGUCAAGGAUGAGGCUGUCAAGCAGAACAAGCUGGAUUUGCUUUUCCAUAUCUUGCUGGAGUAUGUCAUCGACCUGGCCGAGCUUGGCGUCCAAGAGCAGGCACGGCGCCAGCCGUUUGUCGACGCAGCGAAUUGGUUCCCUGUUAGCAGCUUCCGCCGAUGGGCCCGACACUGCCAGACAAAAGGGUGGAACCUGCAGAGCCCCAAGCCGUUCGAACUGGCCUCCUUCUUGCGCUCUGUGAGCCAAGGGGGGCCUACGGCGGCGGCCAGCAUGCGCGCCGCAUUGAAAUGGUUUGCAUGCCACGCUGGGGCCAAGUUUGACAUGGAUCACCACUUGGUAGCUCCUUACCGUUUCCACUCCGGGACCCACACCAGCGCCCAAGCUCCAGAGCUGCAACCUUGGGAGCUUGUCAACUUGCUGUUGCUGACUUCGUUUUCCGGGUUUCUGGUGCCUGCCGUGGCCCUCAGCGCCGAAGAUCUCUGGGAGGUCACGGACGCGACGGCCCUUGUCUUGGACAGAGCCACCUACAACCGCUUGCGGCGGUUCAUGCCAACCCUUGGCAACAUCCUAGAGGUGUCUGACCAUGAAGCGCAGGCGAUCGGAAACUGGACCGAGAAUCCUCAAGGCGGCUUGGGGGCAAGGCCAAGGGCGUGUGCCACCAUGGGCAUGCACUACGCGGGCUUCAAAACUCUGCGCUCGGCCCAGAUCAAGGUGAAGCUUGUCGAACGGUUCCUGCAGCUUUGGAAGAUCAAGGCCAAGGAUGUGGCCCUCACACCUGAAGGGCUGCUGCCGGCCCAUUCUUGGACAUGGCCCGAGCUUGCUUUGCUGCAUCAGCGAACACCUUGGGAUUCUGCUGACCCAGAGUUGAAAGCCCCGGAUGGUGCUGACGUUCCAGAAGAGCCUGCUGCUGACAGGGCUGUCCCGGAGUUGACUGCUGCUCCGUCGGGGAGCCAGCCUGCAGCUGAGCACGCUGCUGAGGAUUCCUCCAGCUCAGCGUCAGACCAGUCGGCGGACGGGGCCGACUUGGAAGGCAUCAUGGCGGACCCUUCGGCUGCGGAGUUUGCGGCUUGGUUCAAGGAGCCAAGACCCACAUUGUGA